AUGAUGGAUGAAGAUAUGGAGAGUGGUACUUUGGGUUCUUAUCAUGACAGACCAAGAACUUUCCCUAAUAUGCGUACUAAACCUUACACACCUCUGCUAUUUCGAAUUCUAUUGGGUAUAAAUGUUCGUGUCCUGUUUGUUCUUUUACUGCUGGGGUUUGGAGCUAUCUUUUACAUGGGUGCAAGAACAUCUCCAAUUAUUGUGUUUGUCAUCUCUAUUUGUAUUCUCAGCUUCCUUGUGGCGAUAUAUCUUAUGAAGUGGGUGCUUGCUAAAGAUGAGGGUCCUCCUGAAAUGGUUCAGAUAGCUGAUGCUAUACGAGAUGGAGCUGAAGGAUUUAUUAGGACCCAGUAUGGAACUAUAUCCAAGAUGGCUAUGGUGCUUGCUCUUGUCAUUCUUGGCAUAUAUUUGUUUCGCCGCAUAACUCCUCAACAGGAAGCUUCUGGCAUAGGAAGGACAACAUCUGCAUACAUCACUGUAGCUUCUUUCCUUUUAGGUGCCCUUUGUUCAGGUUCUGCUGGAUAUGUAGGGAUGUGGGUCUCAGUUCGUGCCAAUGUCAGAGUCUCUAGUGCCGCGAGACGGUCUGCAAGAGAGGCAUUGCAGGUAGCUACUCGUGCAGGAGGUUUAUCAGCUAUCAUUGUUGUUGGUAUGGCUGUAAUUGGUAUAGCAGUCCUUUAUGCCACAUUUUAUGUUUGGCUGGGAGUGGACACACCGGGUUCAAUGAAGGUUACUGAUUUGCCGCUUCUUCUAGUUGGAUAUGGAUUUGGUGCCUCCUUUGUCGCACUGUUUGCUCAGUUGGGUGGUGGAAUAUACACUAAAGCAGCUGAUGUUGGGGCAGACCUUGUCGGAAAAGUAGAACAGGGAAUACCUGAAGAUGACCCUAGAAAUCCUGCUGUUAUUGCUGAUCUGGUUGGAGACAAUGUGGGAGAUUGUGCUGCCAGAGGUGCUGAUCUUUUUGAAAGUAUUGCAGCUGAAAUAAUCAGUGCCAUGAUACUUGGGGGAACAAUGGCACAAAAGUGUAAAAUCGAAGAUCCAUCUGGCUUCAUCUUGUUUCCUCUUGUUGUUCACUCAUUUGAUCUGAUAGUUUCAUCGGUGGGAAUAUUUUCUAUUCGGGGUACACGUGAAUCUGGAGUAAUGACUCCUAUGGAAGAUCCUAUGGCAAUUCUUCAGAAAGGAUAUUCUGUUACAAUAGUUUUAGCUGUUCUAGCAUUUGGUUUGUCUACCCGGUGGUUACUUUAUGUUGAGCAAGCACCUUCAGCAUGGUUCAACUUUGCUUUGUGCGGGUUGAUUGGUAUUAUUACAGCGUACAUUUUUGUCUGGAUCACCAAGUAUUAUACUGACUACAAGCAUGAGCCUGUACGCACAUUAGCCCUUUCUAGCUCUACUGGCCAUGGGACUAACAUAAUUGCCGGGGUCAGUUUGGGGCUGGAAUCUACUGGUCUUCCAGUCCUUGUCAUCAGUGUGGCGAUUGUCUCAGCGUACUGGCUGGGCCAGACUGCUGGACUAAUAGAUGAAACAGGAAACCCAACUGGUGGGCUGUUUGGCACAGCUGUUGCAACAAUGGGAAUGCUUAGCACUGCUGCCUAUAUUCUUACCAUGGAUAUGUUUGGCCCAAUAGCUGAUAAUGCUGGAGGAAUUGUAGAAAUGAGCCAACAGCCUGAAAGUGUCCGAGAGAUCACUGAUGUCCUUGAUGCCGUGGGUAACACAACCAAAGCCACCACCAAAGGAUUUGCCAUUGGCUCUGCUGCGCUUGCUUCUUUCCUUCUGUUUAGUGCUUAUAUGGACGAGGUUUCUUCAUUUUCUCUUGAACCUUUUAAACAGGUUGAUAUUGCAAUUCCAGAAGUUUUCGUGGGUGGGUUGCUGGGUGCCAUGCUUAUAUAUGUCUUUAGUGCUUGGGCCUGCGCUGCUGUUGGCCGAACUGCGCAAGAGGUUGUUAAUGAAGUAAGAAGGCAAUUUAUCGAAAGGCCUGGUAUAAUGGAUUACAAGGAGAAACCAGAUUAUGCUCGCUGUGUUGCAAUUGUAGCAUCUGCAUCAUUAAGAGAGAUGAUAAAACCUGGUGCUUUGGCAAUCAUUUCACCUAUUGUAGUUGGUUUUCUAUUCCGAAUUUUGGGCUACUAUACAGGGCAACCCUUACUCGGAGCUAAAGUUGUUGCUGCUUUUCUGAUGUUUGCAACAGUGUCUGGUAUCCUUAUGGCACUUUUCCUGAACACAUCUGGUGGUGCCUGGGAUAAUGCAAAGAAGUACAUAGAGACUGGAGCUCUUGGAGGCAAGGGAAGUGAUGCUCACAAAGCAGCAAUAACAGGAGAUACAGUGGGAGACCCAUUCAAAGACACGGCAGGGCCUUCACUUCAUGUCCUUAUAAAGAUGCUCUCAACAAUUACGCUGGUAAUGGCUCCCAUCUUCCUGUGA